GUUAUUAAAGGAAUCAUUUUCCGCGGGAUAUUGCUUUCACUGUUAAGACACUUGUUUCGUGUUCUUUCAUUUGACAACUCUAUUUUGCUUUCUUGCUUUCUUUUCAACCUUUUGAAGAGAAACACCAUCCAUUCAAUCUCUGUCUUUUUUCGUCCAAAAAUGGAAGUGAAGCAACUCGAUUUUGUGCUAGUUUCAUUGGGUUUGUUCGUGUUCGCUGUGUAUAACGUUUGGUUAGUCAUUACUAUCAAGCGUAAUCCCCGAAAUACUGUUAUCGGCCUUAACGCUGAGAGUCGUACUCAAUGGCUAUUCUGUUUAAUGGAAGAUCCGGUAAAAAAUGGUGUUUUAAUGGUUCAAACAUUCCGCAACAACAUGAUGGCAUCCACCCUAUUGGCAACUACAGCUAUUACUCUGAGUUCAGUCAUCGGUGUCUUUGUGAGCAGUACCUCAACUGUUACGAAUGCAUCCUCCAGACUAGUUUUUGGUAACAAGAGCCAGAUCGUGUCAGCAGUAAAGUAUUUUGCACUCAUCAUUUGUUUCCUAGUAGCCUUUCUCUGCAAUGUCCAGUCACUUAGAUAUUACGCGCAUGUGAGUUUUUUGGCUACCUUGCCUACAUCACAAGGCAAAAGAGAAGCUAUGGAAUAUGCUGCUCGAAGCUUGAACAGAGGGAGUUUUUUCUGGACUCUUGGCUUGCGAGCCUUCUACUUAUCCUUCCCCCUCUUCCUAUGGAUCUUUGGACCCAUCCCUAUGUUCGGUUGCUGUUGCUUAAUAACCCUUGUGCUCUAUUUUCUAGACACUACCAACGAUUUUACGCGACAGCUUCACUGCGAGUCCAUGAAAGACAUAGAUUAUAGUUUUAAAGAGCCUGCUACACCCAUAUAAAUUAUUUUUUAUGGAAGCAUGUAGUAGAGUGUAAUAUAAUGUACCUCAUAUCUUUGCUUUUUUUUUUUUUUUUUUCAAUUCUUUUUUGAUAUACUGAUUGAAUAUGAAUGCCUUUCUAUUUACUAUACUAGCGUUACUCUGAGCUAUUGAAGGAAUCCAAUUACUCUUUAUGUUUUUCGUAAGCUUCUCAUUUGUAUUUUGGUGCUCCGCUUGGAGAAAAAUGAAGAUUUCAUUGACCUUGUUAGAGCUCAAUUAAUCUAUCAAUUUACAGAUUAAAUUUCUAGGGGUAGGUAUUAAAUAUAUUAUUUCAUUUAUGUUGACAGCUGGUUAGUUGUAACAAACUUGUGUAUAAAUAGCUUAGCCUACACUUAUACUCAUUUGUAACAAACUUUUCUGAUUUCCUUAAUACAAAUUUCUCUUUCUUCUUCAUCUCUCUUACAAUUCUAUAUAGUAUCAGAGCCGAAUCUCAAUCCAGAUUAGGUUUAGUUCUUCAUUCGAUUUCUUUGAUUGAAUUCUUCAAUCAUACUCUGUUUUCCUGCUGAUUCUGUUGAUUUGAUUGUUCGAUUGCAACGAUUUCUUCGAUGUGAGGAAUCUUCUUGCAUAUCUUAAACAUUUGGUUUUUUAUUGCGAUUUUUCGUAAUCAAUUUGGUGAUAUAAUUCUUUGAUUUCUUCGAUUGCUUCUCUCCUAUUGUUUUAACGGCGGCGAAGGAUGCUACUGGCCAUAUGAGUUCUCAGAGUUCGUUGAAUUCUUCUGGAGGUAAUCUUGAUCCUUAAUUCAUUGCGAAUUAAGAUAAUCCUACUGCUUUGUUAGUAGUUGUUCAAUAUUCUGGUCAUAAUUUCAUAAGAUGGAGUCGUAGUGUUAAGUGUGCUUUCACUGCUAAAAAUAAAGAUGGUUUCAUAACUGGUAGUAUUAAGCAGCCUGAGUUUACUGAUAAAGAUUAUAAAAAAUGGAAGAGAGCAGAUUAUAUGGUGGUUAGUUGGAUUAUGAGUUCAAUGAAUGCUGAAUUAGCCGAUGAUUUUGCUUAUAUUGAGUCAUCGAUCAAACUAUUGCGUGAAUUACAAGAGAGGUUUGGUCAAUCUAAUGGUGCUUUGAUCUAUCAGCUCAAGAAAGAAAUUGAUGCGUUGAAACAAGAAAAUAUGACCAUAAUUGCUUCUUAUGGGAAAAUCAAGAAGUUGUGGGAUGAAUUUCAGAGCCUGAGAGCUUUUCUUGUAUGUUCAUGUGGUGCAUUAAACUAUUAUGUAUUUGUCAAUUCCUCAAGAUACUGGCAGAUCUUGAUGGUGAAGAUAGGUUAAUGCAAUUUUUGCUUGGACUAAAUAGUGGUUUUGAUUCGACAAUCACUAAUAUUUAGUCAAUUGAUCCUUUACCUACUAUCAAUAGAGCUUUCUCUAUUAUACAACAGAUUGAGAAGCAGAAGGAAGUAAGUGGUUCUGGUGAGAUUAUUGCUGAGAGUAGUGCUACGGUUGCUCAACGUAUGAUGAGGAAUGGAGGUCAACAAAGGCCUAAUAAAGGAAAUUUUAGUCAAGGUAGCUACAAUCAAGGAAAAAGAGAUUGGAAGAAGGAGAAAAUAGAUAAGAAAUGUGAUCAUUGCAAACUGAAAGGUCAUAUAAUUGAUCAAUGCUUAAAGUUGCAUGGAUAUCCUGACUGGUAUAAUGCUAUUAAGGCAUCAAAAGGGCAUGUUAGUCAGUAUGUUGGUAACAGGAUGGCUGCUAAUGUCAAUCAAGAACAAGCAGAAUCUCCAUUUGAUCUAAACAGCAAUGCAAACUCUAGAGCUGUUGAUUCAGAAAUGUUAAGUGCUAUAUGUCAGGAAGUGACGCGCUCGAUGAAAGGAAAGUAGGUUGCUAAUUAGCCUAGUGUUUCAUUCGCCAACUUUGCAGGUACGAAAUCUUGUUCCCUUAGUUUUACAGUAAAUAAUGUUGCUGAUAAUGUUUUGUGGAUUAUUGAUUCUAGAGAAUGUGAUCACAUGAUUUAUGAUGAAAGUCUAUUGGUGAAUAAAAGAGUACUUGAUAUACCAAUUAGAGUAGUAUUGCCUGAUAGUACUUACAAGUAUGUGAAAUUGGUUGGUAGUUGUAGACACCUAAAAAUGUCUCCCCAAAACCAAACCUUAUGAUGAAUAAUCUUUCACCUCCAUUAUUGGUCGGGUUGAGUACUUAAUCUUUGGAGCGCUUAAAUCCAUGUUCUAUCCAAUACGUUUCAUAAAUUAAUCCAUUUCCUAGCUUAUUUCCCUAAACCAUAACUUGUUUUCCUCUUUUCGUGUCCACAUCACAAAACCGAGAGAAACUGAUUUUUUAUAGGACUUGAAAUAAGCUCCAACCAUAUAUCAUAAGCCCAAUUCCUAUUUAAAACGAAGAAGAUAUGAGCAAAACACUAAACUCAGCCCAAAACCGACUCCCUUCCACUAAAACGACCAUAUCUUAAAAUAUACAACUGAUUUUGACCUCAUUCAAACUGGGUUUUGAAAUUAGACUUAAUAUGAUUUCCAAUGAUAUAUUAUAUGCUUUAUUCCAAGUUACGGAUCAAAAGUUAUCGUAAUUUUAAAAAUGCGUAAAAAACUGGAAUUACCGCGCAACAAUCAAAUUGUCGUGUCGCGGCAAAGGCAUACAUGUCACGGUGCCUUCUACCAUGACACGGUAGUUUGUCCCGUGUCACGGAAUAGUCACAGUACACAUACCGUGACACGGUGCUUUGUUUGUGUCAUUUCCGCGUUCUUUCUCGCAAUUUAAGAAAAAACAAUUUACCGUGACACGGUGGAAUUUACCGUGCCACGGUGGACGUUGCCACAUCACGGCAUCAAUUACCAUGUCGCGGUACACAUACCGUGACACGGGAAAUAUCCGCAUGCUCUUUGCGUACCAGACUUCACGCAUUUUCGUAUUUAGGGCUAUAUUCUUUACCGCGCCACGUUAGAAUAUACCGUGUCAUGGCACUGUUUGCCGUGUCGCGGCAAACUCCGCCGUGUCUCGGUGCCCCAAAACUAAGGGUUUUAUCCUUUCUAGGGUUCCGUGUGAUCCCCUACUCAUUGCCUCUAUAAAUACCCCCUCCUUUCUACUGUUUGAGGCAACAAAUCCUGCUCUCUUUCUCUCUUUUACACCAAAAAUUAUUCUCUUCUCUCUCUCUCAUAUUCUCAGCCUAAAACUAUAUUCCUAAUUACACCAUUUUUCCCUUAAGCACUCCAAAGAGUCCAAACUUAACCCGAGGUUCCGUCCUUAAACCAAGGCGUGGAAGGUAUAAAUAACUUAAAGUUUGAACCAAAUCAACUCUACUUUUUAUUUAAUUUAAUUUAAUUUCCAUUUUAUUUAUAUUUUUUUAUUGAAGUUACUAAAA